AUCCCCCGAUUGCGUCUAUAUAAGUGGAGGUAAUUUUUUUAAAUCUGUCGCAGCCAUGUCUUGUCCGUUUAUGAGAGAGCAGCCGGUUACCGAAGGUGCGAGGAUUAUUCGCAGAGUUUUUCAAAUUCCUCGUGUAUUGCGUGAUAGACAAGAUCCUUUGGCACAGCAUGACAAUAUACUUAUUGAGAGAUACCGCUUUUCUCGUGAGGGUAUCCUUUAUAUAAUUUCGUUGUUAAACCCCUAUGUGAAAUGUUCAUCUCGCCGGAGUCGAGCGUUAACAACCGCACAAACGGUGUGUAUUGCCCUGAGAUUCUUUGCGAGUGGCACUUUCCUUUACACCGUUGGAGAUGCAGAGAACGUAGCGAAAAGUGCUGUCUGCCGUGCCAUUCGCAAAGUUUACUUGGCACUCAAAAAGUUUGUGAGGGUAUAUGUGUUAUUCCCAAGCCACUUAAGACCCCAGGCUGUAAAACAGAAGUUUUUUGCCAUUGCAGGCUUUCCUAAUGUGAUUGGUGCCAUAGACUGCACCCACAUUCCUAUCAAGGCCCCACCAGGCCCCAAUGAAGGGGAUUUUGUGAAUAGAAAGGGUGUUCACAGUAUUAAUGUGCAGAUGGUGUGCGAUUCUUUGUGCCACAUUACGAAUGUGGAAGCCAAAUGGCCUGGUUCAGUGCAUGACUCCAGAAUUUUCAGAGAGUCACAAUUGUUCCAACGAUUUGAACGUGGUGAUUACGAUGGAGUUCUUAUUGGAGACAGGGGUUAUGCCUGCAGGCAGUAUUUCAUGACUCCAUUCCCAAACCCAAACCCAUGUCCACAAGCCCGAUACAAUGCAGCUCUAACUAGGACGAGGGCACGCAUUGAAAUGACCUUUGGACAACUGAAGGGAAGAUUUCAGUGUCUAAAAAGUCUGAGGGUUGCACCUGACCGGGCCUGUGACAUUACUGUUGCAUGUACUGUGUUACACAACAUCGCCACCAUCAGAAAGGAGAGGACCCCUGUGGUGGAGGUGCAUCCUGAUGAUGACCUCCAGCCAGUGCACUUGGAUCAACCUAGUGGAAAAGCUGCACGGGACAGAAUUGUGGAAUAUCAUUUGACAUAA